GGAAGGGCAUACAUCACUGAAAUACCUAGUAAUACCGAUUAUUAAGUUACACACAUAUUUCUGGCCCAAAAUAGUUACAAAUGGGCGUCAACAACUAGAUGUUUCCGCUUGUGUGGGGCGCCAUGGCAGGCUUCAACAUGCCAAAAUUCAGCCAUCCCCCAUAUAAAGGCACGAUUUGAGCACAAGUUAGCACUUUCACUUCUCGAACCAUACAUACCAUAUGUAUUAUACGAUAUAGCGGGUAUCGCGUGGUGCACACAAAACUAAAUUCAAUUCAAUUUCAUUUAAAGUUACUUUCGUUGACUGACAGACAAGUGAGCCAAGUCCUUUAAGCCAGAAUCAAGCCGUACAGUGGGCCACAUCGAGCUUAUAUUGGACACAAUUGUUAAGUUAAGAAGGGACAACAAAAUAUUGUAAAUAAAUAAUUCAAUAAUAUUUCUAAUAAAGCCAGUUACAUUGAAUGUUGGCCUUUAAAAAUAUUAAAUUGAAAGAAUUUGAGGAGGAGCCUAGGCUCAAAGAAACCUGGGUUCACCAAGGGCUUUUCAUUGGUUCGGAAAGUUAAGCGAAUCAACGAUAAUCAAUAAUAAUAAUACAAUAAUCAUGAACAGACAUUAUAUAUUAUAUACAGUCUUGAUUAACGUUUCGUUCCUAGCUUGGGAAAUCAAUUUACUUCUGGGUUCUGUUAUGUAUUUAUUGCAUUGUGCAAGAGCUUAAGGACUUUUACAUUUCAUCCCAUUGUUCGUGUCAUGUUGCUGUUGGGCCCACGACUAAAUAUGAAAUUAAAAAUCAACGCUGAAGUGUGAAAGGCCUGAAAUGGCGGCUGUCUGGCGGCAGUCAGGCACAAGCUCAACCUAGAACCGAACUGUAUAAGCAGCUGGGGCCAACAUAUCGCAAGAACAUUUGCACACAAGUCGCAGAACGAAACAAAGGUCUCGAGCGGAAAUCGAAAUUAGCUGAACGUAAAAGCGGAAAAGUUCCUUCGUCAAUUAGCACAAUGAACAAGGAGUUUAUCAUGCAGGGCGGCACGCCUAUAACCUGCGAGCUGGCAACGGAGCUGCGCAAACUGGUCUUUGGCACCGCCGCCAUACCCAUGCGUGCCGAGUGGCUGCAGACGUCCUUUGUCUUUGGAGCACCGCCCAAGGAGGAGCUGGCAUACGGCCUGCGCUCGCCACGAAAUGCCACGCGCGGCAUGCUGUCCGUGGUUCAAGGUUUCAUAUUAAAGUACCUGCUCUUUGCCCGCAAAACCAGCCGUGCGACUGCUACGACUGAUCCUUUGUUCGCCACCGCCGAGAUGCAGCGAGAGGCACUGUUCAAUGCUCUGGUCGAGAUAUUGCGCACCAUUUCGGACAAGGGCAAGGUUACCAUGGUGCUGCCUUCGGAGGAUGAGGUGUUUGUGGAUCACAGUGCCAGUUACUUUCACGAUACGGUGACCGAAAAGCUUUAUACAUUUACACUCUCGCCCAACGAAGAGCUGGAACACUUUAUGAAGCGAAACUUCAAAUACUUUACAGAAGAGGAAACGCCGGGCACUCUGCUGUUCCUUUAUAGCGCUGUACUCACACGCUCGAUGGGAAAAGUGCGCACGGACUUGGACUCGACAAAGUCAUCGCCGCUGACGAUGAGCAACCACGAGGAGGGCUCCCUCAUGAUAGUCACCCUGCUGUUGACUGGCCGUGCCACGCCCUAUAUACACAAUGGCGUUAUCAAUGUGGGCGACGAGAAUAGCUAUGCAGUGCCACAGUAUGGAGUAUUGAAGCGCUGCAUGAUCGGCUUGCUCCUCUGGGACAUUGAGUCUGCCAGCGCUGCUGUUAAUCAAUCGAGGCAGCCGGGCUCGCGCCUGAAGACGCCCAACUAUCCCAUUUGGAUAACCAGCUGCACGGGUCACUUUGGCGUCAUUUUCAAUCGCAAUCCGGACUUGCUGCGCAAUUAUCAUGCCGAGUCGCGCUUUGAUGUAAACUAUUACAGCUGUUCCGGCCAUCAGAUACUGAUGACCAUCGAUAAUCGCACCUACAAUGAGCAGGCAUUGGUCAUGUUGGAGCGACAACCAAUCACACCGGAGAGUACCUCGCUAACGGGCAAGCAAGCCGGCAAGGAUGAGGCCGUUACGGCUGGAGGUGCUGCUGCCGGUGUUGGUGUGGCUGGCGCUAGCGGCGGUGUUGGUGGUGCUGCUAGUGGCGCUAGCGCUGGCAACGAUGUGGUCGCCAAGGAGGAGUCAAUGCUCAACACGCCAUUGCAGCGUUUGAUUCAUACCAAGUGGGAAGAGGCAACUAUAAGCUUUCACGUGCAGCCAUCGAUGUUGAGUUAUCUUUUUAGUACCACACAGUAGACAGAGAUCAGCUAAUACACACUCGAAAAGUAUCUAUUUCGAAGAGAAGUUAGGAAAUACGAUUCAUAUGAGCCCAUCACAUAAGUUUGCAUCAUACGAAUCACGCCCGUUUUUUUUGGUACUUUUAGAGCUUAAAUAGCUUCAAUAACUUAACAAUUAUAAUAUUCAUAAUAGAGCAGUUAAAGUAAUCGAAACACUCAUUGAGGCAUUGCAGCUAGCUUGUUAUGUUGUCUCUUGAUCUAUGAUAUAAAUCGACUUUCUUGGCGAAUGACCAAUUCAACUCUCCACGAGUCAAUGCACCAAUUAUCUGCCUAUACCGAUAUGCCCUUCACAUCAAACCAAGUAAGUCAUUCAAAGAACAAAAUAUAUUUAUUUGGGUAAACAUUAGCCGUUCCUAGAACUCCUUCUACUAUUUUCUGUUUAUUCACAAAUCGUAAAAUCUCAUAAGAGACAAACUUGUUUAAUAUUUGUUUUGUUUACAGCUUAUUUAUUAUUUUAAAUAAUUAAUAUUUAUUUGGUAAUGUUUUGCAUUCUGUUGAAUUUAAUUAUAGCCAUUUUAAUGUUUCUCGAAUGCUAGAUCCUAAGCGGAAUCAUGAUAAAGGCAAACCCAUUUCUAGUCUAAGCUCAAUUUUUAAGACAUACUAAAUAGCCAGAGUUUCCCAUAAGCUCUCCAGCAUAAAUACUUAGUUUUAACUAGUAUACCAUCUAGUGCCAUGACUUGUAAGCUUUCUAGUUAACAACUUUGCACCAUUUUGUAGAGACAUGCAUACUCUGCACCUAGUUUACAUAGAAAUCUACUGUUGCUGUCUUCAGAACAUUGAAUGGGUAUUUUAAGAAGAUAAAGGAAAGUUGAAGUUCGAAACGAAAUUCUCAAACAGCGAUGGUAAAUACACGUAAAAUAUUCCGAGUAUCAUAAAAAAAAACAACAACAGGCAAAUUUGUUGAAAAACCUGCUGAUACCUAUUGAAUUUUUACAAAUAUGCCUGGUUAAAAUGUUACUGAGGCCUCUCUCUAUCCAUAAAAAGCGACUGCAGGAACUCAAUACUCAACGAAUUGAGGUUGCCGCCUGGAGCCACUAGACGAAACAAAAAGUCCUGUACAAUUAUGAAACACCAACAUACUUCGAAAAUUUCAAUUCACUGCACUUUAUUUAUUCCUAAGCAACUCGCAAAAUGUAAAAAAAAAAAAAUACAUAUACAAUUCUAAAUAAAUGUACAAGCUUUUAAACCGAGAA